UUACAUUGUGAUGGCUCGGAUAAAGCAAUACAUAUAUAAAUAUAGAUGUCUGCAGAUAUACUUAAAAAACUGGACCUAACGGUUGGCUGGAAUAAAAUGACAGAUCUGUGUGCACAGCGAUGCCACCCGUAGCACGCGCAGGAUUUUGGGGGACAGCCUCCCAAGCCGGUUCAAACAUUUGUCAUUUUUUUUUUCUUUUUCAACGGAGCACGACGUCGGUUUAUAAAUAAAUGAUGCAUGGAUUUCUUGUUUACUUCGGUGAACACUAUAGUCCUUUGUUUCGUAAAACUUGAUUUUGUGCAUUUUUAUGGAAGAAAAACAGUAUGCGCUCUACCGGGUCCGCCGUCACGUUUGCCAGCGUGAAUGAGUCGAUUCAGCGGCCGAAGAGCUGCGAAAGUCUUACUUUAAGGAUUUCACAGUCGGGCAAAGGACAGCAGAAACAGCAAGUAAAGAUGGGCAGGAAUCACUGUGAUACUUAUUUUUUUACAUUAAGGAAGUCCGACCUGAUGAAACUACAUAUUUCUACUGCAGAAAUUUAGCCGUCCUUUUUUGUGAAAAUGCAUAUCUGGAUAUUGAAAAUCAUCUUAUCUGUUGCCACCUCUCUGAGCUUCGUUCAGAUGUAUGACGGUUAUGGAGAGAUUUGUAAAAACCUUUGUACCUGUGAAGAGAAAGAAGGGAUUCUGACUGUGAGCUGUGAGAACAGAGGAAUUGUCAGACUGUCUGAAAUAAGCCCAGUGCAUUUUCCAAUGUAUCAUCUGUUACUGACAGGAAAUCUCUUGAAAAGACUCUCUGCUAAUGACUUUAUCAAUUAUACUGGUGUAACAAUUUUGCAUUUAGGUAACAAUGACAUCUCAGAAGUUGAAACUGGAGCAUUCAAUGGACUUCAAGGAUUAAGGAGACUACAUCUUAACAAUAACAAGAUAGAUCUUCUGAGGGAUGAUACCUUUCUUGGCCUUGAGAAUCUGGAAUAUCUGCAGAUUGAUUACAAUUACAUCACUAAUAUAGAAUCUAAUGCAUUUAGCAAACUGAAUACUUUAGAAGUGCUCAUUCUGAAUGACAAUUUAUUGUCUGCUCUGCCCACCAACAUAUUCCGAUAUGUACCUUUGACUCACCUUGAUCUGAGGGGAAAUCGGUUGAAAAUGUUCCCUUAUGUGGGGCUUUUGGAACACAUGGACAAAGUUGUGGAAAUACGACUGGAAGAGAAUCCAUGGAACUGCUCAUGUGAGCUUAUUGCUCUGAAGGCUUGGUUGGAGAGCAUUGCUUACACCGCACUAGUUGGGGAGGUUGUUUGCGAUUCACCUUUCCGGCUGCACGGGAGAGACCUGGACGAGGUCUCCAAGCAGGAGUUAUGUCCCAGGAGAGCCAUUUCUGAGUACGACAUGCGGCCCCAGCCACCCUUGAGCACGAUUGGAUACUUCCAAACCACCCCUGUUGCUGUGACUGCCUCUGUCACCUCAUCUGCAGUGUUACGGUCAUCGUCAAGGCCGACAAAGGGCACCCGCCAAUCAAGCAAAUCAAGGUCAAAACCCACGUCUCGCAUUCCGUAUAAUUAUGGUCCAAUAAUUGCUUAUCAGACAAAAUCUCCAGUGCCUUUGGACUGCCCUACUGCCUGCUCAUGUAAUUUACAAAUAUCUGACCUCGGACUGAAUGUUAACUGCCAGGAGAGGAAGAUUGAGAGCAUCUCUGACUUGAAGCCGAAACCAUACAAUCCGAAAAAGAUGUACCUCACUGGGAAUUACAUCCCUGUCGUACGCAGACCUGAUUUCAUAGAAGCCACCGGAUUAGAUUUGCUUCACCUUGGUAACAAUCGGAUAGCCCACAUACAUGACAGAGCCUUUGGGGAUUUAACAAACUUGCGUAGGCUGUACUUGAACGGCAAUUUAAUUGAGCGCCUCACAGCGGAUAUGUUUUAUGGGUUGCAAAGCCUGCAGUACUUGUAUUUAGAAUACAACGUGAUCAGAGAAAUUGUGUCAGGCACCUUUCAGUAUGUGCCCAAACUCCAGCUGCUUUUCCUCAAUAACAACGUUCUAAAAACCUUACCUGCAGGCAUUUUUACCGGUUUAAAUCUAGCUAGACUUAAUCUUCGCAGCAAUCAUUUCCAGAAUCUUCCUGUGAGUGGUGUGUUAGAUCAGCUGAAAUCACUGGUACAGAUAGAUCUGUAUGAGAACCCGUGGGAUUGUUCCUGUGAUGUGGUGGGCAUGAAGAUCUGGCUGGAGCAGCUCAAUACGGGCACUGUUGUUAAUGACGUGAUAUGUGGAUCUCCAAAGAGACUGUCUGGGGAGGAUAUGCGAUCCAUCCGAUUGGAUCUCCUGUGUCCCGAUUACUCUGAUGUCAUUGCCUCCACAGUGCCUCCAUCUGAAGACUCAUUUGCAGACAUCUCCACAACCGUAGAAAGUACCCUGAGAUACAAAAAACCAUCCAACACGGUGCCGCUCUCCGUCCUGAUUCUCAGCCUCCUCCUGGUGUUUAUAUUAUCUGUUUUCAUCGCCGCGGGGUUGUUUGUCCUUGUCAUGAAGCGACGUAAAAAGACUCAAAAUGACCGGACCAGCAACAAUAACUCUGACGUCAGCUCCUUUAAUCUGCAGUACAGCCUCUAUAGUAAUAGGUCCGGCCCAAAAGUGAAAAACCCAGCAGGGCAUGUUUAUGAGUAUAUUCCACACACAAUGGGCCAUAUGUGCAAAAACCCCAUUUACAGGUCCCGAGAAGGCAAUGCCGUGGAGGAUUAUAGAGACUUGCACGAGUUAAAAGUGACAUAUAAAAAUAAUGCUGAUGAAGACAGGGAUAGUGAUCUGAGAAGUACCACUUACAGCGUGAGUACAAUAGAACCGCGAGAGAACCCAUCCCCCGUGCAAGAUGCUGAUAAUUUUUUCAAAGGUAUUCUUGAUGCCGACAAACAGUCGCCGUCUGGAAAUGCGUUUGAAUACAAGUUUAGCGGACCAGCGCCGUACAUUUACACCCCGAACUACGAAGUCAGGCGACAGUUUUUGCACCCAGAAAGGGUACAAGAGACGGUUCUGUACAGCACAGCACCAAGUACUGUGUACGUGGAGCCCAGCAGAAACAAAUAUUUGGAACUAAAAGCUAAACUCCAAGCUGAGCCGGACUACCUCGAAGUUCUUGAGAAACAGACAACAUUCAGCCAGUUUUGAAAUGCUGUAUAUAUCAAAUAGUAUUUUCCUUUCCAGUGUGAUUCUCGUUGGAAAAUGCCUUGGCACAAACUUUAAAGAUCGGUGAAGGGAGUGUGCCGGACUACACAAUGAUUAUUUUUAAAAAUGCAUUACAUUACAUAUGUAAAAUGCUCUACAUUCUACUUGAUGAAUAUAUGGGUUGUGAUCUGCAACUGAUGAUACUUUUUCAUUAUAAAAAAAAAACAAUAAUAAAUGUUUAUUAAAUACAAAUUAUUGUAGAUACAGGUAAUUUUACCCAAAUGCAUUGCAAUGAGUAUAACCACACAUAUAUUGUGAAUCACAUAUGUUUAUAAUUCUCAUUCUGAUUAAACAUAAUAUAACAGUACAUUUUACUGUACAUUUUGGUUCUUCCCUGUAAGUAAAUAUUUAUUGUCAUACUUACCUGAAAUCUGUCAUGUACCAUCACAAAUUUUUAUCUGUUUCUUUAAGAUUUUUUUUUAACCUUGGUUAUAUAGGUCACAUGUCAUGGAUACCUGUAAAAUUCUGUUUUGUCUUUUCAGAUCAUUUACUGUAGUUUAUAUAUUCACCUUAACUUUGUCGUUCGCAAACCCUGGUGUAAGAAAAAAAAAAAUCCAUGUUCCAUAAAUAAAACGUAGUUUGGGAGGUUUCAGCAUUUUUGGAAACAGAAGGAGAAGUUUCUCAUAAACGAAUGAGAAUAAAUUGUAUUUUCAUUGCUAUUGACUUUUUAAACAUUUCAAAUCUUAAAUAAUAAUGUCAUAAUUAUGUUGUCUAAUGCUUAUAUUUUAACAUAUCAUCUAUUUUGAUACAAGGAUUAGUGAUGCCUUUUCUUUCAUUAGUUUUAUUUUUCCUUUACUACUUUCACCGAAAUGUGUUAACAAAAGCCGAUGUAUGAUGUCUGGUUACUAUGAACAUGUAUGUGUAAAUGGACAUUUAUUCAUUUC